GGGGGGGGGGCUUUUUUUUUUAUCUGUAAAAACUUGUGUAGGACGUUGGAGGGGCAAGCUGGGCAGUGCUGGGGGGUGCUGGGGCAAUCGAGAUUCAUCUAAAAGUCAGAAAAUGACCACUGGAUCAACUCAAAAUCGCAUCUAGGACAACAUGGGGCAUUUCCUAUGUGUUUAUCCCAUAAAAAACAAUUUCUACCAACAAUGCCAUUCGCUAUCUCCACUACUGCGAUCUUUGGCUUACUAACAAUCGGCUUCGUCGCUGCCUUAAGAAUGUCCAACUUUUUAUUUUUAUUUAUUUGGGCCACUUAUGCGCUCGAAGGCAGCCCACGACUGGCCAAUGUGGCUUCCCGAUAUUGCACCAUGUGGUUUCCGCGUGUAGCAUUCGACGCGUGCUGUAACACCUCUCGUGUGUUACAUGUGGCGCGGCAAUCGAAAACCGUAGUUAUAAUCUCGUCGUUGCGUCCCGUAGUCGUCAUGAACUGAGCAAGACCAGUCGCCCGUGGCCUGCUCUGGCAUCUGCUACUCAACCUACAGGUAUCCGACGGC